AUGGAGGAGAUGAUGAGCCCCACGAUCCGGACUUUGAAAUAUGCAGCCAUUGCAACAGCAUUGGUACUAGGGUCGGCCACUUCGGCACUGGCAUUCAGCGCCUGCCAGGUGACCGACACCGGCGGCAUUGACGACAACAGCUUCAACCAGACGGCCUGGAAAGGCAUCCAGGACGCGCAGGAACAACUCGGCAUCGAGCCGCGCUUUCUGGAAUCGCAGGCCGAAACGGACUACAUGCCGAACAUCAAUUCGCUGCUUGGCGGGCAGUGCGAUCUGAUCAUAACCGUCGGGUUCCUUUUGGGCGACGCCACGCAGGAAGCCGCCGAGGCCAAUCCCGGCCAGAAGUUCUCGAUCGUCGAUUUCGCCUACGACCCGGCCAUUCCCAACGUGGUCGGUCAGGUGUUUGCGACCGACCAGGCCGCCUUUCUUGCCGGCUAUCUGGCGGCGGGCAUGACCGAGACCGGCAUCAUCGGCACGUUCGGCGGCAUCAAUAUUCCGCCGGUGACGAUCUUCAUGGACGGCUUCGUGCGCGGGGCCGACUACCACAACGCGCAGAAAGGCACCGAGGUCACGGUUCUGGGUUGGGACCUGGACAGCCGCGAGGGCCUGUUCACCAACAAUUUCGAAUCCCUGGACGACGGCCGUGCCUUCGCCCAGAACCUCUACGAUGAGGGCGCGGACAUCGUGCUGCCGGUGGCCGGCCCGGUCGGCCUCGGUUCGGCCGCGCUGGCCGACGAGUUGGGCACGGAUGCGCUGAAGAUCAUCGGCGUGGAUGCCGAUCUGUACGUCACCGACCCCGAAAAGCGCCAUGUCUAUCUCACCUCGAUCCUCAAGCGCAUGGAUUCGACCGUCUUCCAGGUCAUCGAAGCGGCGAUGAACGACACCUUCGAGGGCGGUGUCACGGUCGGCACGCUCGAAAAUGGCGGCGUCGGCCUUGCGCCAUUCCAUGACAUGGAUGCGCUGGUCCCCGACGAACUCAAGGCGGAGAUCGAAGCGAUCCGCCAGGGGAUCAUCGACGGCUCAAUCGACGAAUGCCUGAUCGGAGACCGCAUCGCCAUGGACAUAGAGCUGCGCGGCAUCACCAAACGGUUCGGACCGGUGGUCGCCAAUGCCGGGGUCGAUCUACAUGUCCGCGCCGGCGAGGUUCUGGGCCUUCUGGGCGAGAACGGUGCGGGCAAGUCGACACUGAUGAACGUGUUGUGCGGCCUUUAUGCGCCCGACGAAGGCGAGAUCGUCAUCGACGGCCGGCCCGUCACGUUCGACGGGCCAAGCGAUGCGAUCGCGGCCGGCAUCGGAAUGGUCCAUCAGCAUUUCAUGCUGGUACCGGUCUUCACGGUUGCCGAAAACGUCAUCCUCGGCAUCGAGCCGACCGGCCAGCUGGACUUUCUCGAUCGAGCGGCGGCCCGCCGGCAGGUGCGCGAGAUCGGCGACCAGUACGGCCUGCGCGUCGACCCCGACGCGCUGAUCGAGGAACUGCCGGUCGGGGUGCAGCAGCGGGUCGAGAUCAUCAAGGUGCUUUUCCGGUCCGCCGACGUCCUCAUCCUCGACGAGCCGACCGCCGUGCUCACGCCGCAGGAGGUCGAGGAAUUCUUCGGCAUCGUCAGGGCACUGCGCGAUGCCGGCAAGGCCAUCAUCUUCAUCACCCACAAACUCGAUGAGAUUCUGGAGAUAUCCGAUCGCAUCACGGUUCUUCGCGGAGGCCGCGUUGCCGGACAGGGCGAUCCCGAAACGCUCACCACCCGGCAGCUGGCAGAGAUGAUGGUCGGCCGGCCGGUCAGCUUCGACGUCGAAAAGGCCGCCUACGCGCCUGGCGAUGUUCUGCUGGAGGUGCGGGAACUGACGGUCUUGCGCAACAAUGACGAGAUCGCCGUCGACGAUGUGUCACUGGCCGUUCGCAGCGGAGAGAUCGUCGGCAUCGCGGGCGUCCAGGGCAACGGCCAGACGGCGCUCAUCGAGGCCAUCACCGGUCUGCGCCACCCCGCCAGCGGCUCGAUAAUCUACGAUGGUCGGGACAUAACCCACAGCUCGGUCCGCGCCCGUCACGCCAUGGGGAUCGCCCACAUUCCCGAGGACCGGCAACGCACCGGCAUCAUCGGCGAUUUCACGAUCGCCGAGAACAUGGUUCUCAACAGCUACUAUGACGACCGCUAUGCAUCGGGGCCAUCGAUCCGGUGGCCCGAGGUCAUGCAGCAUGCGGCCCGCUACGCCGCCGAUUUCGACGUUCGGACACCGUCGGUGCACGCCAAGGCGUUUCAGCUGUCGGGCGGCAAUCAGCAGAAGCUCGUCGUCGCCCGCGAACUGACACGCGACACCAAGCUCCUGAUCGCCGCCCAGCCCACGCGCGGCCUCGAUGUCGGCUCGGUCGAAUACAUCCACAAGCGCAUCGUCGAGGCCCGCGACGAGGGUGACGGCGUGUUGAUCAUGUCGUCCGAGCUCGAUGAGAUCGUGGCGCUUUCCGAUCGGAUUGUCGUCAUGUUCAAAGGCCGCCGCAUGACCGAUCAAACGGCGUCCGACCCGCUCACCCAGAAAUUGCUGGAACGCGCCGCCCCAAGCCGGGCGGAGUUCGAAGACUUGGUCAUCGUGCCGAUCUUCGCCGUGAUCGUGGCGCUUGCCGUCGGUGCGCUGGUGAUGCUUGCGACCGCGGUCGACCUGCCGACGAUCGGACAAUCCUAUGUGGCGCUCGUCCGGGGUUCCGUCGGUUCACUCAAUGCGCUGUCGGAAACCCUGACCGCCGCGGCUCCCCUGGUGCUGGCCGGUCUCGGUCUGGCGCUCGGCUUCCGCGCCGGCCUGUUCAAUAUCGGCGCCGAAGGCCAGAUCGUCAUUGGCGGUCUUGUCGCCGUGAUUGUCGGCUUCUCCUUUGCCGGGCUGCCCUGGGCGAUCCAUUUGCCGCUGGCCCUGUUCGCGGGCGCGCUCGCCGGCGCGCUUUAUGCCUCGAUCGCCGGCUGGCUGCGCGCCGCAACCGGCGCGCAUGAGGUGAUCACGACCAUCAUGCUCAACCUGAUCUCCUAUCGCAUCCUCGAUUAUGUCCUGCGUCAGCCCUUCGUGCAGCGCGAGGGGCGCGCCGAUCCGAUUUCGCGCUCGGUGUUGGACAGUGCCCAGUUGCCGGGACUGCUCACCUGGAUCGACCCCAAUCUGCGUGUCCAUGCCGGCGUCUUCCUCGUCGUCUUGGCGGUCAUCGUCGUCUACUGGCUGCUGUUUCGGACCAAGGUCGGCUUCGAAUUCCGGGCGAGCGGCAAGAACCCCGAUGCCGCCCGCUACGCGGGCAUCCGCGCCUCGUUCAUCAUCGUCGCGGCCAUGGCCUGUGCCGGUGCGCUCGCCGGCCUUGCCGGCGCAAACCAGGUGCUGGGUGUGCUCGACCGCGCGUCCCCGGGCUUUUCGGCCGGCAUCGGGUUCGACGCAAUCUCGGUUGCCCUUCUCGGUCGGUCGCACCCGGUCGGCGUUCUGUUCGCCGGCCUCCUGUUCGGCGCGCUGGAAGCCGGCGGGCGGCAGAUGCAGGUCGAUGCCGGUGUGUCCGUCGAUCUGAUCGGCAUCAUCCAGGCGUUGAUCAUCGUGUUCAUCGCCGCGCCAUUGCUGGUGCGGGACAUCUCCCAUUCGCAGCGGAUCGGAACCCCGGCCGACCGGCGGGCCCGCAUCACCGGAGUGGUGCUGAUCGGGCUUGCCUUGUUCGUCGCGGGCGUCUUCAGCAUCGGCGUGACGGGCGACGCGACGUUCCGGCUGUCACGGCCAAACGAUGUCUGGGCCAUACCCAACCUUGUGCUGCCCGCGGCACCCUUCAACUACAUCAUCGCCGCGGUGCUGGCUUUUCUCGGCGCCCGCCAGUUCCUGCGCGGCGGCGGCCGCUGGACGACGCUGUCGUUGGGCAUCGGUCUGGCGCUCGCUGUCGCUGCGUUUCUCGUCUGGGCGACCGCCGGCAAGGCGUUUUCCCUCACCGGCAUGCUGCAGGCGACGAUGGUGCGCGCGGUGCCGCUGGUGCUCGGCGCCAUAACCGGCAUGAUGUGCGAGCGCGUCGGCGUCGUGAACAUCGCGAUCGAAGGCAUGCUGCUGGCCGGCGCGUUCACCGGCGCCCUGAUGGGGUCCCUGCUGGGCGGGGUCGGCGGAUUGAUCGCCGCGAUCGGGAUCGGCGGCCUUUUCGGCUUCAUUCUGGCGGCGCUCGUCGUCACCUACCGCAUGGACCAGAUCAUCGCCGGCGUCGUGAUCAACCUGUUUGUGCUCGGCCUGACAUCCUACGUGUCCAGCCAGGUCUUCGCCGAGCACCGGUUUUUGAACAAUGCGCCCGUGUUCCGCGCCUACAAGGUGCCCAUCCUUGGCGACAUACCGGUCAUCGGUCCGAUGUUCUUCAAUCAGAACCUGUUCGUUUACGGCGCGCUGGUGAUGGUGGGUGUGGCCACCUACUACCUGUUCUACACGCGCAUGGGCCUGCGCGCCCGGUCGGUCGGUGAGCAUCCGCGCGCCGCCGACACGCUGGGCAUCAACGUCUACCGGACCCGCUACAUCAACGUGACCGUGGCCGGCAUGAUCGCCGGAUUUGGCGGCGCCUGGUUCACGCUUGGUUCGGUCGGCCGUUUCGAUGAAAACAUGACCGGCGGCCGGGGGUUCAUCGCGCUCGCGGCCAUGCUGUUCGGCCGCUAUCAUCCGGUCGGCGCGCUGAUGGCCGCGCUGGUCUUCGGCUUUGCCGAUUCCAUGCAGCAGAAACUGGCUUUGCUGCAGACGCCGAUCCCGUCCGAGUUCCUUUCGAUGGCCCCCUACAUCGCGACGAUCAUCGUGGUCGCCGGCGUGGUCGGCCGAACGCGCACGCCGGCUGCCGGCGGCAAGCCAUACAUCAAGGAGAAGGGGCGCGCCUACCUGCUGCUGCGAACGGUCCUGCACGCGGUGCGCGACUGGCUGACGGCCGACGAAGCCGCUCAGCUCGCCGCGCAACUGCCGAUCCUGUUGCGGGGCAUUUACUAUGAGGGCUGGGACCCGUCCGACACGCCGGUGCACCCGCGCGCCAGGUCCGACUUCGUCGCCCGCGUCGAUCACAUGUUCACCAAGGAGCCGCUGGAAGACACCGAAGCGGCGAUCACGGCUGUGCUCGGCGUUCUCGAGCAACAUGUCUCAUCGGGCGAGAUCGAACAGAUCACGCCGCCGGUACCGGACCCGACAACAUCGCCGUCGGUCCGCCUCGGCGCCCUUGUCGCCGGUCUCGCCUAUCUCCUGAUGACCGCGCUCGCGAUUGCGGUCGCCUUCGAUACCGACGCGCUGUCGCGUCUCGCCCGGUCGGGGAUCGAUGGCGAGGCAUGGCCGGCGGAUGUCACGAGCCGCCUGUUGAUCAUGGUGAUCGGGUUCGCUGUCAUCGCCCUGCUCGAUGUUGCGAUUGCCUGGGGUCUGUAUCGUCUGUUCAAGCACCGCCGGCGGCGUCUCGCGCUUGCCAUGUCGGGGAUGCGGAUCAUUUACGCCGUCCUUUUCCUCCACGCAUUGACCCAUGUUGCCGGCGCGCUGGAAAUCACGCGGUCCGCGCCAUUUGACGCGGGCACGCUGGCAGUCGCCAUGGGCGGACUUGAGCGCUUCGAACGCGCCUGGGACAUCGCGUUUUUCUUCUUCAGCACCCAUCUCAUCCUUCUGGGCUAUCUCGUCUACGCCCGCACCCUUGUGCACCGAACCCUUUCGGUCAUGCUGGUCAUCGCAGGUCUGGGCUAUCUCGCCGACAGCACGAUCGGUUUGGCCAUGAACAAGGCACCGUUCGUGUUCGCGCCCUUCACCUUUGUUGGUGAGAUGGCGCUGAUGAUCUGGCUUCUUGCCGUGGCCGCCAGGCCCGGUGUUGCAGGCUGCAGCCUUUGGCCCUGGUGCCUCUUCCGGGGCCCGGCGUUGACCGGUGUUAAGGUGGCCAUGGUAACGGGCGCGGCGGCUGGCAUCGGUCGGGCCACCGCACUGAAGUUCGCCGGGGAAGGCGCCCGGGUGGUCGUCUCCGACAUCGAUAUCGAGGGCGGCGAAGAAACCGCCAGGAUGAUCGCCGAUGCGGGCGGUCAGGCCGUGUUCGUCGAGUGCGACACGUCCGACGCGGACCAGAUCGACGCGCUGGUCGCCAAGACCGUCGACACCUAUGGUCAACUCGACUGCGCCUGCAACAAUGCCGGUAUCGAGGGCAAGAUCAUGCCGCUCGUCGACCAGACCAUGGACAAUUACGAUCGGAUCAUGGCGGUCAAUGCGCGCGGCACGUUUCUGUGCAUGAAGGCCGAGAUCGCCCAGAUGCUGAAGACCGGCGGCGGCGCCAUCGUCAAUCUCGCCUCCGUCGCCGGACUGAUCGGAUUUCCGGGGCUUUCGCCCUAUGUCGCCUCAAAGCACGCGGUCAACGGCAUGACCAAGAACGCGGCGCUGGAAUAUGGAAAGGCAGGCAUCCGCAUCAACUCGGUCUGCCCGGGCGGCAUCGAUACCCGGAUGCUCGAUUCGCUCGCCGAACAGGCUACGCAAGGCGCCCAGGACUCGCACGAGAUGCUCGAUCCGUUGCACCCGAUCGGCCGCAUCGGCGUACCCGACGAGGUGGCCGGGGCGAUCGUCUGGCUUUCUUCGCCGGCAGCGUCCUUCGUCACCGGGAUCAACAUGCCCGUCGAUGGCGGCUUCGUCGCGCAAUGCACUGCCGCACCCGAUUGCGCGGGGCGCCGACCAUUUCAGGCCGCUGUGGGCGCCGGGCGUGGCGUCGCCGUUGAAACGGACCGCAAAGAGAUGACGAAACAACAGCAAUGCACGGAUGCCAGGUCCGUUUCGCCUCGAAUUGCGACGGAGAACGGCUCAUCGCCGGUUGCCGACCCGCAUCCGCAUCGCAUGCUCGACCGCACCGCGCGGGCGACGCUGGCAAGGAUGACGGGCGGGGUUUCGCCCCAUUCGAUCUUCGGGGCCUGGAGCGACUGGGCGCUGCAUCUGGGCCGAUCGCCCGGCCGUCAGCUGGAGCUGAUGGAGCGGGCGCAGACCAAUGCCGUCAGGCUUGUUGCGCAGAUCCUUGCGGAAGGGCCGGAACCGUUCAGGCCGAGAGUUCACGACCACCGCUUCUCACACCCGUCUUGGAACAAGCCUCCCUUCAAUGCGUGGGCGCAGUGUUUUCUGGCGAUCCAGGACUGGUGGGAUGCGGCGACCGAUGAGAUGCCCGGCCUCGCCAAAGGCGACGCCGACCGCACACGGUUCCAGGCCCGCCAGGCGCUCGACAUGAUAUCGCCAUCGAAUUUUCCCUGGUCGAAUCCCGAAAUCAUCGAAGAAACCGUCACGCAAAAAGGGCAAAACCUGAUCGACGGCGCGCGCCACUUCACCGAGGAUGUGAUCCAAACGCUCACGCAGGCGCACAAGCCCGCCCCGCCCGGGUUCGAGGUCGGCGAGCACCUGGCCUGCACGCCGGGUGAGGUCGUGUUUCGCAACGACCUUUUCGAGCUCAUUCAAUAUGCGCCGCAGACCGAUCGGGUUCAUCCCGAACCGGUUCUUUUCGUCCCGGCCUGGAUCAUGAAGUACUACGUGCUCGAUCUGUCGCCGGAAAACUCGAUGGUCGCAUUUCUGGUGCGCCAGGGUUUCACGGUCUUCAUGAUCUCCUGGUGCAAUCCGACGGCCGAUCAGUCGGAACUGUCGCUGGAGGACUAUCGCAGGCGCGGCGUGAUGGCGGCCCUCGAUGUGGUCGACGACAUCGUGCCCGGCGCAAAGGUCCAUGCCAACGGCUAUUGCCUUGGCGGCACGCUUCUGGCGAUUGCCGCUGCCGUCAUGGCGCGGGACGGCGACGAUCGCCUCGCCUCCAUCACCUUGAUGGCUGCGCAGGUCGACUUUGCCGAGGCCGGGGAAUUGCUGAUGUUCGUCGACGAGAGCCAAGUCGCCUUCAUCGAGGACCUGAUGUGGAUCCAGGGCUAUCUGGACCGGCCUCAGAUGGCCCGGACCUUCGCAUCGAUCCGGGCCGAGGACCUGAUCUAUACCCGCGCCGUGAACCGCUAUUUUCUCGCUCGCGAGGACCUGCCCUCGGACCUUCUGGUGUGGAACGGCGACACCACGCGGAUGCCGGCGCGAAUGCACUCGGAGUAUCUGCGCGGGCUGUUUCUGGAAAACCGGUUGAGUGCGGGGCGGUUCGCGGUCGAGGGCCGGGUGAUCGCGUUAAAGGACAUAGAAGUGCCGAUCUUCGUCGUCGGCACCGAAACCGACCACAUCGCGCCAUGGCGGUCGGUCUACAAGACCCAACUGUUUACCGACAGCGAGUUGACAUUCGUCCUGACCAGGGCCGGGCACAAUGGCGGGAUCCUGAGCGAACCGGGCCACAAGGGUCGCCACUACAGGAUCGGGCACCGGCCUGCGGGCGCGCUGUAUGCGGGCCCCGAUGCGUGGCUCGCCCGGCACGAGCCGACCGAGGGCUCCUGGUGGCCGGAAAUGGCGGACUGGCUGGCUUGUCGAUCCGGAGAGCCGGGGCCGCCGCCUUCGAUGGGCCGGUCCGGUGGCGAUGGGCCGACACUGGGCCCGGCGCCCGGCUCCUACGUGCAUCAGAUCUGA